AUGCUAGCGGUGAUGGACUUUGAAAAGGCUUACGAUCGUCUUUCCCACACGUACCUUGAUGCAGUCCUCUCCGCCGUUGGCCUCGGCCCCAAAGCCCGCCAAUGGUACCGAGCGACCUACACCAACCAAUCCGCCUCGAUCUUCCUCAACGGUUGGCUCUCUGCCGCUUUCGACAUCCUGUCGGGCGUUCGGCAAGGUGAUCCCCUGGCUCCGUCUCUCUUCGUUCUGGCGAUCGAAGGUUUUGCCUGUCAGAUUCGACUGAGAGUCAAGGGCAUCGAGAUUGCGGGCCUGCAAAACAUUCGAGAACUCCUCUUUGCCGACGACGCUUGCUGCGCACUCCACAACCUCUCGGACCUCGACCACCUCAAUCGGGCGAUCGAGCUUUACGAACGGGCAAGUGCCAGCAAGCUCAGCAACGCCAAAUCUUUCCUCUACCCCCUUGGAGCUUUUCGGGAUCGGCCGGUCGCCCCAGAUCUCGGGACCUGGCGUCUCAGCGAUUCGCAGUUUCGCUACCUUGGUAUUCAGGUCGGGGUGGAGAUCGCCGAGGAUGCGGGCUGGGAAGAUGUCAAGGCCUCGACCAUCGCUCGGAUACGCUCAAUUCCGAUGUACGAUCUCCCAUAUGCAGCCAAGUGUUCGAUCAUCAACAUCUACUGCUACACAAAGAUCCUGUACUACAGCCGAUUCCUCCCCGCCCCCAAGAGCGUUGUCAAGGAGAUCGAGGAUGCGGCCAUGCUCGCCAUUCACGGUCGAGCUUCGGAUGGUACUCAGCGACGUCCGAAGGUCUCCCGGUCGCGCCUCUGCACCCCUCUCGAUCACGGCGGCUUUGGUUUAAUUGAUCUGCCUCGGCGUCUAGCGAUCGAUCACGCGAAGUGGGUCUUCCAGCUCCGGGCCCCGGACGGCUGCUUCACACGCCAUCUCUUCGACAUCCGCAUUCGCCUCCAGGCACCGAACGAACCAACCCCUUUCACCUUGUCCAGACCGGCCCCCAACCAGCAUCGUCGCCCUUGGAUCUGGAUCUGGUGGGCAUACUUUUGCCAUCCUCCCCCGAAGUGGGACCAUGCGGUGAGAAAGACGAGAAAACUUCUUCCUGCACGUUGGGUCCGAUACUUCGAAGCCUGGGCGUCGGUGACCACGCUCAAUCCCCCGGAACUCUCCAAGAGCCAGAACCUCGAGCAAUGGGCGACGCACGUACUCUACUUCCCAGCGGGCCACGGAAUACAACUCUCGGUAAACCCGACGCUUUUUCGAAGGCCCGAUGGCGAGGUGAUGACCCCGUCUUCGUUUGUGAACGCGUCCAAACGCCACCAAGUCUUCAUCUUCCCUCCUAUCUUCCCCAAGGGACACCAGAAGGUAUUCGAUCUGCCUGAGCAACGUUGGAACGCUUGGUGGAAGGCUUUGCGCAAGGUUCGCCGGUUCACUCGGACGCCGAGGAUACCGGCCACCUUCUCUCCCUGGAGUCCCUCCAUCCGGGCAGCCAAGUCGCCUCCCCAACCAGCCCUCACCCCAACAAUCGAUCGGCCUCCUGUGUGAUGUGCCUCUCGGAAGCACCCGAGUGCCUGGCCCACCUCGCGGUCGGCUGCCCAUUUGCCCGGCGUCUCUGGUCUGCUCUGUCCCCGACCCCCCACCCAGUCUUUGUGGACUUUGUAUGUCCGGUCGUGUCUCGCUCGGAACGUCGCCUUGUCGAACUACGAAUCCUCUUCUUUCACUCGAUCUGGAAGCUCUGUCGCCGUCGCCGAUUCUCGUCGGAUCUUUUGGAACCGAUCACCGAAACGGACUUCGAGGGGCUUCGAGCCUCUAUUCAGGAGUCCAAGGGUCGCCUAGUGUCUCUGUAAGCCACCAAAGGGGGUUUUAGUGGGUAUGGUUGAUCCUGGCUCAGGGUCAAUGAGUCCUACACUACUGGCUUCUGCCAGUGUGCGUAACAGCAUUCCCUCCGACUUUUCCGAAGAUUUCUAGGUAUUAUUAUAACUAUGCUGUUAAUGAAGUCUAUCAAAUAAAAAAAUCAACGCAUGCCGACAUCAUGGUCACCGCCGACUCAACUGAAGCGCCCUUGGCAUCAUCAACUUGCAGCAUUCGGCUCACUGACAUGAUCGGCAUCAAUUAUGACUGA